CACAACAUUCUUCAUCUACAUUGAUGAAAAACUUUUGGAAAAAACUCGGCGGGGACCAAAUCGGCGAGCCCCUUAAGCCAAUCCCUGAGAUCCCCGUCCCUGACGAGAUGUCGGAGGUGGUCCCCACCUCCAACACGUCAGUCAAAGCUCGUCUCACGAGGUCCCGCGCCCGUCGUCAUUCACCGGACCACAAAGGGCACGUCGUGCACAUUCAGUUCUUGCUCGACGUUAUUGGAGCCCAGUCGCUCCCGAUCUUCUCUCCCAACUCUAUCAAUUAUCACGAUGUCAAAACUUACCGUGAGAAAAAAUUAAUGGCCUCAUACAUAGUCCAACAGUAUGUUGCCGCGUCCGGUGGUGACGCUCUUGACUUGAUCGAAAACAUGAGCGUGCUCGGGAAGGUGACGAUGGCGAUCGUAAAUCAAAAUAUUAAGAAAUCCAUGAAUAGGGUGGAGCAUGGCGCAUUCCUGCUAUAUCAACAAAAACGAAUCCGCCACGCACCAUGGAGUCUAGAGCUCAUGGUCUCCGGUUCCAAAAUGAGCGCCGGUUGCAAUGGCAAGGUGACUUGGCGGCAGACUCAAUGGCACGCCACCUGCGAUCCAGCACAGCCACUCCGCCGGUCCUUGCAGGGGCUCGAUCCAAAAGGAAUAGCAGAGCUAUUCUCCAACUCCAUCAGCAUGGGCGAGAGAGAAAUCGACGGCCAAAAUUGCUUCCUCCUCGAGCUUGUAUCAUCACAGCCGUCCACGUCAUCCGCAGAAACGAUCAAACACACAGUGAAUGGGUAUUUUAGCCAGAAAACCGGUCUAUUGAUCCAUCUAGAGGACACCCACUUGCGUUCAAUAGAAACCGCCAGCUGCGAGCUCCGUUGGAUGACCAAAACGUCGUCGUCUAUCCAAGACUACAGGCCGGUCGCCGGCGUCGUGAUCGCGCACGGCGGCCGGACGCAGGUGUCGGUGUCGAGCGGAAGUGUAAUGGAGGAGGUUUGGAGCGUUGAGGAGAUCGACUUCAACUUGAAAUGGAUGUCCAAGGAUUUUUUCGCUGCUCCUGCGGGAGUCGAGGAAUGGAGAUCGAGAUACCGACGAUGA